AUGGCCGAUGGUGACGAAGGAUCAGAUGGAUCUGGGGCGGAUAUCUCAUGCCGUUGUCCUUCUGGUGAAUGGAUAUCAAAGCCCAGAACUUCUCCGAAUAGCACGAUGCCAAUGGACCUUCUGGAGUUUGAGUAUUCGUUCUGUUAUAAUUCCAAAAAGCUUUUUAACCUAUGCCUGGUUGACCCCAAUACGUUGGUGUUUGCAUCUGGGAAUAUUUUGCAUUUUUUUAAUAUUACAACAAGGGAGAUGACCUUUCGGCGAAGUGCUCUCGGGGGUGGAAUUGGAUUCGUUGUGAAAAAUCCUAAUCCUGAACACAACUUCCUGACUGUCGCCGAGAAUGGUAUCAGGCCUCCAGUCAUCAUUUAUACAUACCCCAAGAUGGAAAUUGUCCAUGUGCUGAACGAUGGGGCCAAACGAUGUUUCACUCAUAUGGACUACAACCGAACCGGGGAGCUCCUUGCAACGCAAGCUGGUGAGCCUGACUACAUGCUCACCAUCUGGGAUUGGAGAAAAAAUCAAAUAAUCCUACGUGCAAAAUCCUUCCAAAAUGACGUGCUGAACGUGAUGUUUUCACCCUAUAACCCGACUCAACUCACCACCUGUGGCCUCGGUCAUAUUAAGUUCUGGAAAAUGAACGAAACCUUCACAGGACUCAAACUCCAAGGAGAACUAGGUCGUUUUGGUAAAACCGAGAUCUGUGAUAUCUACGCCAUAUAUCCGCUGCCUGAUGAGAAGGUCAUAUCCGGUUGCGAGUGGGGGAAUAUGUUAGUUUGGGAUGGAGGACUUAUAAAAUUGGAGGUUUGCCGGAAGAAUCGAAAGCCAUGCCAUAAUGCUCCGAUCACCCAGAUUUCCAUGAUGGAGGGAGAAGUGAUGACAGUAGGGAUGGAUGGGUAUGUAAGGAUUUGGUUCUGGGAAACUGUUGAUUUGGCCGAUCCUCCGGAAGACGAUCGUUUUGUUGAGAUUGAACCAAUAUAUGAGUUUCGAAUUGGGUCGAAGUCUCAUUUGUGCGAACUAAGGCAUCUCAUCAAAAAGGAACCAGACAAGGCAAACGACUAUAAGUUUUACGCCCAGGACGGUGUAAGCGGAAUAUGGAUAUGUGACCUCAACCCUGAAAAAACUCCGGCCCCACCUGAACAACUUUUUGCAUGCCAUGAGGGUGCCAUUGUGGCGAUAGCAGCAAGUCCUACAUCGAGGCACAUUGCUACUCUAGGAGAGGGAGGUCGGCUGCAUUUGUACAACUACAAAAAUAAGAGGUUAUUAGCAAAGAAACAAUUUCCAGGCGGUGGGCGGGAUUUGAUUUGGCUACACCCCUCGAUCGAACCAAGUGGUCUGGUUGUAAUCGGGGGAUUCGAUGAUGGAGUUAUCCGAACAAUUCUCUUAGAAACAAAUGAGAUGAAGGCAAUACCACAACGCAUAACCCUCAUUCAUGCAGUCAAAGCCCAUUCAAAAGGGAUAACAAAAAUUUCAAUGAAUAGCAAACAAACAAUAUUAACUUCAGCAUCCGAAGAUUUCACUGUUUUCAUUCAUCAGAUCCUUCCUUCAUCCCCUUUUGUCACACUCGUUCCAAUUGGGUUCAUCACUAUGCCAUCCAUACCAACUGCCCUGAGUUGGCGUCCUAUAAGGCCUUUAACACUUGUCAUCGGAUGUGAUGAAGGACAUGUUGUUGAAAUUGAUGUUCCGGAUAAACCACGGUCUUACACUGACCUCUCUUAUAGCUUGGAUCACAUGCAACGUAAAGAGUUCCAGUUUACAUCUGUGAAGAGUGAGAUCCGCAGGCAGAAUAAAAUCGACGCUAUAAAUAAAAGGAAACACGAGAAGAAGGAGAGAAAACUAGCGGAGUUGAAAAAAAUGCAGGAAGAAGAUCCCAGUAUAGAGAAGGAUUUGGAGAUAUAUUUAGAGGACUCUGAUUCAGAAGAGGAGCUUGAACCCCUUUUCUAUCCUAAAAUUCCGAAUCCAGUUUUGUGGCUGAAAUAUACCCCCGAGAAUACGAUAUGGCUUUCCAUGGGAGGCUACGAUGCUGGGUAUAUGUACGAGUGCGUUUGUGAAACACAGCAGACUGGCUUGGUCAGAGCAACGUUGAUUGCGGAUGCAGACGAUAUUGAAAUAACUUCAUAUUUCAGAUAUGAAUUCUAUCAAAUUUUUGGAUUAGCCAAUGGAACCCUUCGCAUUGUCUCAGAAAAGUCAGACAUUCGGGAUCUCUCCGACUACUGGGAGCUUACAAUGCACGAUAACUACAAUGGAAGGAUCAAUGGAAUCUGUGCAAGCUACGACUAUCACAAUCUCUUCUCUAUAGGAGAUGAUGGAAACUUAUUUUCUUAUAGAUGGAAUGGACCAGUUCCACCAUAUACGGUCAUGCAAACCGUGAAGCACAUGCCUCCUGCGAAAUUCAACGAUAUUGACGACAGAAAUGCUCUUUCAUUGGAAGAGGACAAACUGAAAUUUGUGAAUGAUACUCAAACCCAGCAGGCUAAUGAACGCAAGGCUAAGACACUGGAUAUCCUUUCUGAUUAUAAGCUACAGUUUAAAGAUAUUAUGAAGAGAAACCGAGCCUUGCCACCGUCGCAACAGUUUACGCAUGAUGACCUGGAAGUGGAUUCCCGGAUUACAGCGGAUAUUGUUGAGGGGUUGAAUGAGCAACUUCAAUUGGUUCGUAGAAAAAUGGCGUUUGAUGUUGAGAAGGCAACGUUGGCUCGGGAGAAGGUGGUGAAACAUUUCAUCAAUCCGAUACAGAAUUUGCAGGUGACAAUAUCGGCUAUAAGGACUGAUAAGAGCGUGAGUUCAUUUCGAAUGGAAAAGUUAGAUGACGAUUUCUAUCAAAUGAAAGAAGAUGUGGAAAGAAUGAUUCAGGAGAGGAAGGAUAAGAGAUGCGAUGAAAGGAAAACAUCGAUUAUAAAAGGGGAUAUUCAGUUCUUUCCUGAAGAACUUGCUGUUGACAUUCAAGCGCCAGUUCAAUCCACUGAAUCCUUUUUGCAAGGUCUAACAACCUCCACUAUUGACCUAAAACUGGGCUCAAAAAUGAAGCGUCUUCUUGAAAAACAUCGCUAUAGAAAAUCUCAAGAACGUGCUCGAGAUAUGGAGAGAAUUUUGGUAGAAGCCCAAAGACCUGAUCCUAAUCUGAACCACCCGGAUGACGUUCGAGCCAUAGAGGAAGCGAAGAGAUCAAUCGGCGACUAUAAACUGAAAACUGACCCCAAUUAUGAACCCGAUGAAAGUCAGAAUACUUUGCAGAAAUAUAGAGAAAUCAUUCAGACAAGGGAGGAACUUUUCAAUAUGCAGAACGAGUAUAAUGGUCAGGUUUUCCAGUUACGAAAGGACAAGAGUAACCUUUAUCAGUAUAUUGAGAGCAAGAAGGAAGAGUUGAGUAAUCUGCAUGCACAACUGCCACCGGGAAAGAGGAAGAAUUUUACUUCACUGCCGGAGAUCAAUAUGGACAAUGAGUAUCCCGAGGAUGCAUUGAAAUUAACAACCCAAACCGGAACUGGUGUCGAAGUAAAAGAUCUUUUCUUAAGAAGGUCUGAAGUAUAUCGAGGAUCACUUCUUCGUGCAGAGAAAAGACAAGAGGACAAAUACGCUUGGAUAGAAUGGCAAAUUCUUGGUUUGAGCCCUAACACUGAACUUGUCAACUUUCAGAAUAUUUGCUCCCUGAUCGAUGAGCACUCAACUUCCCACCACCAAGAGGACGAACAUCGCACUUCCAUGGAAAAUGUUGGACUACUCAAACGUUUGUCAACCUGGCAAAAGGAGUUGGCAUUCAGCAAGGGUCUAAGUACUUUGGCCGCUCAGGAUAGCAUCGUCCGGGAUGUUGAGAUCAGAAUCACUGAAUUUGACAAUAAACUAGAGAAACUUUCCGAAAAACGCCUUCAAAUUGAAAUGGACACGAAGUUCCUAGAUUUGUUCUUGGUUACGCUAAACCAAGAAUUAUAUAUCCUACGCGAUUUCGAGAGGCUUGAAGAUGAUUUGGUUCAGCACGUGGAGACAAGUGUUCAGAAGCGCAAUGAUAAGCAAGGGAAUAUCAUUCGGGUCAAGAACUCAAUGGAGGAGCAUCGGAAGGCGAUUGAAAAAAUGAUAGAACAAGAGAAGGCUAUUCAAAAUCAGUUUAUGAGCAGCAUCAAAAAUAAUAAAUUCGCUGAUUUCUUACGGAGGAUCUUCAAGAAAAAAUAUAAGCCACCAAAGGAAGCUGCAGCUGAUGAGUCCGAUGAAAGCAGUGCUUCUUCGGAGACAUCCUCCACGGAAGAAGAGGACGAUACUAAAAGUAUUGACUCCCUGGAUGUUCAGCCAAUGCGUCUUGAUGAAAAUUAUUGUCCUCCGGGUUGUGACCGGGAUUUGUAUGAUAAAACGUUUGAAUUACGGGCGGAGCGACACGUUUUAGAGCAGAAAGUUUAUGAAGAACACAAGGCUAUUGAUGCAGCUAAAAAGCAAAUAGAGGAGUUGAAUGUUAAGAUGAGGGCAAUUGAGGCUCAAUUGACUGCAAAUCGAGAUACAUUGAUGGAGUUCAGGCGAGAGAAACAGCGCUAUCUGAACAAAGUCGAAACUCUAAUCGUCCUUAAGAUGGAUCAGAUGCAGUACUUUAAGCAGGACGAUAACAUCUGUGAUAUUGACGAGACUCUGGAGUUCCAUAUGCCGAAUGUUACCAAAUUAUAUUCACGUGUUGGGCAAUUAUAUGAUGAAACUGAGGAGGCAAAGCAGAAACAUCGAAUCAAUAUUGUCCAUUUGAGUCGGAUGAAGGCCGACUGCAAGCACAUGGAGCAAACUAUUGCACGCCUUAAAACGGAAACCGAACAAACUAUGGUGAAGAAGUUUGGGAGGGUUGUGAACCUCGAUGAGCUUGAAGAAUCUGUUUUAAGGCGAUUUGUCUUCAAUUUGAGGACAAACAUUGAGGAAGAAAGGAAGGAAGCGGACAAUCAAAUUUCUAAGUUAAAGGAGUACCUAGCUGAGCUGGAACGGGAGUACAUCCAGGAAACUCAAAUGGGCACUGAGAAGUUAAAUAUACUAACAGUUCUGCAAGAAGAAAAGAAUUAUUUGAGACAAGUACUAAAGCGCCAAACGAAAAUGGUGGAGAAAAUGACCAGUAAAAUUGACAAAGGGCUUGACUUUCGACAUGAUUUGAAUAAGUUGAAGGACAUCGAGAAGCAACAGCAGGAACAAAUCGAGUACCUCGAAAAGGAAAUCCGUAGUCUGCGUCUGAAAGCAAAAACCUUCCUUUGUGCCGAUGAACAAAAAACUGAGCCACCAGCAUACAGGGAGGAGCUACCACCGCGAGAUGAACUAUGCUACGAGGAAUACGUCUACAUGGCAGUCCACGACCUAGCUCAAGGUAAAGAACCACCAAGCGUGAAUCCCACAGUUGACGUUUUCGAGAGGGUCAACACAGCUGUCGGAAAGUACCUUAUUAAAACCUUGGGGUCUUAUAUGGAUGACACCUCCCUUCGGAAGAACGUUAAGAAAAUAGCCAAACAUUUGGCAUAUGUAGCUAACAAUCUGGACCGGGAGCAAAGCAUGAAUGCAACUGAAUGUAUUGUAAAAUUUAUUCACUCGACCAUCCCCGCGAAUUGUCAUCAAUACCUUAAAGAUCCUGACAUUCGCAAGCUUUUUGCAGAUGUUGUGACCAUUGUCCAAGAUCGACAUUAUGUUAUUAACACCAGCGACAUUUUGGCUGGGAUAAUCAACAGUGCUCAGGAAACAGUUCUUCGUAGUCAAGUGCUGAAUGUAACACAUGACCUUGUCAAGGAGAUCCUUAAAGCAAUGAUAGAGGUCCUUCCUGUUGCUGAAGUUUGUAGUGUUGAAGUGAUCCAACAAAUAGCCAAGGCUCUAUCGCAAAUACCAAAUGUCGAUGCAAGAUGUCUGAAUUUUAUGAAAUUGUCUGAGGACGCUAUUAGACAUGCCAAGGAGAAUAUGAACGAUGAUAUCACGUUGAAUGUGGUUAAACGUUUCACGGAUAUGUUGGUUAGUUCGCUUGACUCGAUGCUCGAUGACAGUAAGAAAUCUUCUGGUUUUUGAUUUGUAAGUUUGUGAAUUGUCAUAUUUUCAUUGCGAGG